AUGUCUAAAUUUAUCAUGUUGGCUGCGGCCGCCGGCCUUGCGCAAGCGUACACGAACACCGAUGUUGGGCAAUUCAUGUUGAAGAACAUCGAUCCGAUUGUCAUGCCUGGAGAGUAUAAGAGCCAUAUGCACAGCUUCUUCGGUUCCGACACCGUCACCAAAGAUCUUCCCACCUCUCAGGAACUUCGAGCAGGAUGCUCUACUGCUAAGAACCCCAAUGACUUCUCUGUCUACUGGGUACCAACUCUCUACCAUGUCGAUAAGGCAAGCAACACCCGCACAGCCAUCAAACCCAAGCGUUUCACCGCAUACUACAACUUCGAGAAGACCGCUGCCGAGGUCCCAAUUCCGGAAAACUACAACGCCGUUGCGGGUAACGCCGAUGCUACCUCCGUCGCCGACGUCAACUCCAACACUAAGCUCGCCUGGCUCUGCGAAGGCGAGAAGUUCGAUGCCGGUGGUAAGGAAUGGUCCGAUUUCCCCCUCUCCACCUGCAGCAAGAACCUCCAGGUCGCAUUCUUCUUCCAGGACUGUGUCAACUCUGAGACUUUGGAGAGUGCCUACUCCAGUGGAGGAAAGUGCCCUGAGGGAAUGAAGACUAUGCCCCAGCUCCGCUUUUCCAUUCGGUACGACGUCAAGAGUGCCGGAUCUUGGAAGGGCGAUGCUCCGUUUGAACUUGCUUGCGGUGCUAGCCACUGCAUGCAUGGUGAUUUCAUCAAUGGCUGGUUGCCAGAGACAGCCAAGGCAAUGGUCACCCAAUUGACUGAGAAGAGGAAGUUCCAAUCUCUCGACGGACCAAACGGAAAGACCCGAGCUGGAACGAUCUGCAAACGUUCCGCAGUGGACCAAGACCCCAAGAAUGGCACUUCCGACUACGAAGAGAGCCUUGAGAUGAUGAAGGGUACCAAGGCUGUUCGCAAUAUUGGCAAGCGCUCUCUCCAGGCAUCAAUUAGCCGCAACUUUGCUUCGCAUCAGGAGCAGACACGCGACAUCGCGGCCCGCCGUGCUCAUCAGUUGCAUGAGCAGGAAGCCCGCGAUGCUGUUGCCAGGCGCGAGCUUGCUUUGCACAAGGAGCGGCACGACGCUAUGAGGCUGCACUCGAGGCAGGUGAUCCCUCCUAGGAAGUAG